UAAAUGAAUUUACGUUUUUUAAUACUUCUAAUAACAAUAGCUUUUGCUUAUGAUAGAGUGAAAGCUGAGUAAUAAAUAGAGAAAAGUAUUACAUUAGAGAAUGACAAAUUUAUUUAAGAUAUAACAUUUUAAGAACCAUUUUUGGAAGCACCUGUAAUUUAUAUCACUUUAAAUAAAUUAUCAAUGGCCAGUUAAAAAUAUGGAUUUGAAAUUGAUGUAGCCGAGGUAAAUACAAAAGGAUUUAAAAUAAUUUAUAAAAAAUAUAUUGAAGAUCCAAUUACACUAUAAGUUUAAUGGUUAGCAUUAUUUGAUCCUAGGGUUGAAGUGGCUUAUUAUACAUCUUUCAAAUAAUAAUUGAUUGUUCCAGUAUAUGAAGAUAAUUUUGCAUAUUCAAUUAUUGGUGUUUAAGGUAGUUCAAAUUAAGUUGGAAUUUAAGUAGAAAAAAUAGAUAAUGGAAAUGCUUAUUUGUAAGUAACAAAUUCUGUAAAGAUGAUAAAAUUAUGUAUAAUAUCUGGAUCAAAGAAUGCUUUAUAUCCUAAAUUUAUCCCAUUUUCUGUAUCUAAUAAUCAUCCUUGGGUAAAAGAAUAGAAAGGUAAGGCAUUUAUUAGUUUUUCAUAUGAUUUGAAUAUUGAUAAACCGAUAUUGAUAGGUGGUAUUACUGAAUUUAUUUUCAAGAGUUAAUCUAUAAAAAUUCAAUUAUAAAACUUAAAGUAUGAUGAUAAAGUAUUAGCAGAAAUAGGAACUUGUAUUAUAAUUAUCUGAUAUUUAGGGAAUGAUGCAUAAUUAAUUUAAGCCUAAGUUUCAAUAUUGGCAUAUGUUGUUGAUGAAGAUUUGAUUUUAUCAGACAAGAAUUGCGUUGAAUUAUUUGAAUAAUGUUAUUUCUAGGGAAAAACAAUUAAAAUUUGUAAAGAAGGAGAUGGACAAAAUUUGGAAACAGAAUUUAAAUUUAAAAGCUUUAUUGUUCCUAGAUUCAAAUAAUUUGAACUUGUAAACAAUAAAGAUGUUCAAUAAUUAAUGGGAAUAGAAUCUUGUGUUGAUGAAAUUAUAUUGAAAUGA